AUGGCCACCUCCGUGCUCCUCGUCGGCAGUGGCCUCAUUGGGCGAAGCUGGGCUAUGUUGUUUGCCAGUGGAGGCUUCAGGGUGAAACUGUUUGAUAUUGAGCAACAGCAGAUAACGAACGCCCUGGAAAACAUCAGGAAAGAGGUGAAGGCGCUGGAGCAGUCAGGCUCCCUGAAAGGCUCACUGAGCGCAGAACAGCAGCUGUCCCUUAUCACUGGUUGCUCAAAUAUUCAAGAAGCAGUAGAGGGCGCUAUGCACAUUCAGGAAUGUGUUCCAGAAGACCUGGCACUGAAGAAGAAGGUUUUUGCUCAGUUAGAUGGAAUCAUCAGUGAUGACGUUGUCCUCAGCAGCUCCACCUCAUGCCUCUUGCCUUCCCAGCUGUUUGCUGGGUUGGUGCAUGUGAAGCAGUGCAUUGUGGCUCAUCCUGUGAAUCCCCCGUAUUAUGUCCCUCUGGUGGAGCUGGUUCCCCACCCGGAGACAGCCCCUGCCACAGUGGACAGGACCCACGCCCUGAUGCAGAAGAUUGGACAAUCCCCGGUCAGAGUCCUGAGGGAGGUCGAUGGAUUUGUCCUGAAUCGCCUGCAGUAUGCGGUCAUCAGCGAGGCCUGGAGGCUGGUGCAGGAAGGAAUAGUGUCUCCGAACGACUUGGACCUCGUCAUGUCUCAUGGCCUAGGCCUCCGGUAUGCAUUCAUCGGACCCCUGGAAACCAUGCAUCUCAAUGCAGAAGGCAUGUUAAGCUACUGUAACAGAUAUGGCGAAAGCAUGAAACAUGUCCUCAAGACCUUCGGACCGAUUCCAGAGUUUUCAGGAGCUACAGUUGAGAAGAUUCACCAGGCCAUGUGUGUGAAAGUCCCAGAUGAUCCUGAGCACUUGGCUGCCAGAAGGCAGUGGCGGGACCAAUGCCUCAUGAGCAUUGCCAAACUGAAAAGUCAGAUGCCCUCCCAGUGA